UGCAUUUGACCAUGGCUGAUGAAAUAAAAAAUGUAGUGGAAAAUGGGGGCGAUGCGCCUCCCAAGACAGCUAAACAGCUUGCCAAAGAAGCAGCCAAACAAGCUAAAUUGGAUAAAUUAAAACAGAAAUUAGAGAAACAGCAAAAUGCAGCUCCCAAGAAGGAUAAAGAAGAGAAAAAAGAGAAAAAGAAAGAAGUAAAGGAGGCUGCAACCUAUAGCAUCUCAACACCAGAAGGAGAGAAGAAAGACACCACAGUUGCUUUACCUGAUGCUUAUAGUCCCAAAUAUGUGGAAGCAGCUUGGUAUAGUUGGUGGGAAAAGAAACAAUUUUUUAAACCUGAAUAUGGGCGAAAGUCUGUACUAGAGCCAAAUGAAAAUGGGAAGUUUGUUAUUAUUAUUCCUCCACCUAAUGUAACAGGGGCUUUACAUUUGGGACAUGCUUUGACCAGUUCAAUACAGGAUUCUCUAGUCAGAUGGCAUAGAAUGAAAGGAGAGACAACUUUAUGGAAUCCAGGCUGUGACCAUGCUGGAAUAGCUACUCAGGUAGUUGUGGAAAAGAAGUUAUGGAGAGAAGAGAAGAAAACUCGUCAUGAUAUAGGAAGAGAGAAUUUUGUCCAAAAAAUUUGGAAAUGGAAGGAUGAAAAAGGUGUACGAAUUUAUCACCAAUUGAAAAAAAUGGGAGCAUCAUAUGAUUGGGACAGAGCGGCUUUUACCAUGGACCCAAAAUUAUGUAAAGCUGUAGUGGAAGCAUUUGUGAGACUGCACGAUGAUGGCACCAUUUACAGAUCAAAUAGAUUGGUCAAUUGGUCAUGUACGCUGAAAUCUGCCAUUUCUGAUAUUGAGGUGGACAAAGUAGAACUUCCUGGUCGUACUUUCCUAUCAGUACCGGGAUAUGAUGAAAAGGUAGAGUUUGGUGUGUUGGUUCACUUCGCUUACCAAGUGGAAGGAUCUGAAGAAAAACUGAUAGUAGCCACAACUCGUGUGGAAACAAUGUUAGGCGAUACUGCUGUUGCUGUACAUCCAGAUGAUGAAAGGUAUACACAUUUACACGGAAAAUAUGUCAUCCACCCAUUCUGCGAUAGGAAACUACCAAUAGUUGUGGAUGAUUUCGUGGAGUUGGGAUUCGGUACUGGAGCUGUUAAAAUUACACCUGCCCACGAUCCUAAUGAUUACGAGGUGGGAAAAAGACACAACUUACCUUUUAUUAACAUUUUUGAUGACGAGGGACUCAUCGUUGGAGAUUAUGGAAAAUUCACUGGAAUGAAACGAUUCCAUGCAAGAAAAGAAAUUGUAAAUGCUUUAAAAGAAAAAGGUCUUUAUAUAGACACGAAGAAUAACCCUAUGGUGGUCCCCAUUUGUAAUCGCAGUAAAGAUAUAGUGGAACCUAUGCUGAAGCCUCAAUGGUAUGUGCGAUGUGGUGAAAUGGCCCAGGAAGCCAUAAAUGCCGUUAACAACGGCGACCUGAAAUUAAUUCCCGAAGUGCACGUGAAAAUCUGGCAUCACUGGAUGGAAGGUAUCCGCGAUUGGUGUAUAUCAAGGCAGCUGUGGUGGGGUCACCGAAUUCCUGCGUAUUUCGUCACUAUGAAGAGCAAACCACAACAAAAGCUUUUGCCAGGCAGCGACGAUGGAGAAUUUUGGGUUUCCGGAAGGACCAAAGAGGAGGCACUAAAGAAGGCUGUGAAAAAAUUCAAUGCUACAGAAGAUGACUUAAUCUUGACUCAAGAUGAAGACGUGUUGGAUACCUGGUUUUCUUCUGGGUUGUUCCCGUUUUCGAUCUUUGGAUGGCCGGACGAAACUCAAGAUCUUCAAGCCUUUUAUCCUACUUCCUUACUGGAAACUGGUCACGAUAUUUUGUUCUUUUGGGUGGCCAGAAUGGUCUUCCUAGGCAAAAAGUUGCUAGGAAAACUACCGUUUAAAGAAGUGUACUUGCAUCCUAUAGUACGAGAUGCUCACGGAAGGAAGAUGAGCAAAUCCCUAGGCAACGUAAUUGAUCCCAUGGACGUCAUAACGGGAAUGUCACUGGAAGGGCUUCACCAACAACUGAUCGACGGCAAUCUAGACGCUAAAGAGGUAGAGAAGGCUAAACAAGGACAGAAACAAGAUUAUCCCGAAGGAAUACCUGAAUGCGGUACUGACGCGCUUCGGUUCGCGCUGUGUGCUAUGUGUUCCGGUAGAGACAUCAAUCUGGAUAUUAUGCGUGUUCAAGGAUACAGAUUUUUCUGUAAUAAAAUAUGGAAUGCCACAAGAUUCGCCUUGACAUAUUUUGCCUCCGAUUUCGAAGCACCACUGGAUAAUAAAUUGAUCGGAAAUGAAAGUUUGAUGGAUUUGUGGAUGCUUAGUAGACUAGCAACUGCAAUUACUGAUGCCAAUAGAAGUUUUGCUUCGUACGAUUUUGCUGCAGUUACCACUGCUAUAUAUAACGUAUGGCUGUAUGAACUCUGUGAUGUAUACUUGGAAAUCUUGAAACCCGUGUUUGCCAGUGACGACGAUGAAGCCAAAAAGACGGCUCAGAUUACUCUAUACAGAGCGUUAGAAAUAGGUCUACGUCUUCUAUCGCCUUUCAUGCCGUUUAUCACUGAAGAAUUGUACCAGAGACUGCCCAGGCCGAAGGAGGUUACUCAGAAAGUCCCUAGUAUAUGUGUAGCUUCCUAUCCGAGCGAAAAGGAGUACUACAGGUGGAAAAACGAAGAUAUCGAAGACGAAGUGGACUUUGUACAGCGUGUGGUGAAGAGCAUUAGGUCCACCAGGGGUGAUUAUAAUCUUCAAAAUAAAACAAAAACUGAAGUAUAUAUUCAGUGUAACGACGAAAUGACAGCCGAAAUCAUACUCAACUACGAAUCUGCUCUUCAAACUUUGGCGUACUGUUCGAAAUCACCGGUAAACGAAACUGCGCCACCUGGUUGUACCAUAAUAACCGUUUCCGAUAAGUGCGAAGUCAAUUUACUAUUAAAAGGUCUCAUCGAGCCGUCUAAGGAAAUAUCUAAGAUCCAGAAAAAAUUAGACUUCCUACAGACGACGAGAGAACGGCUAAAUAAAACCAUGGAAGCUCCCGAUUACGAAUCGAAGGUGCCAGUAGACGUGAGACACUCCAACGAAGACAAACUUAACCAGACGAGCGCAGAAAUUAGCCGGCUAGAGGCGGCGCUCAGUUCGCUGAGAUUAAUGUAAAGUUUUUUAUACCGUUUUAUAUGAAGCUUGUUAAUGUUUUAAUUUAUUUCUAGCAUAAUGAACAAUCGUGCACAAAGAAUACUGUAUUUUCUUUAAACCACUAUAGUACAGGCCAAAAAUGAAUUAUUUUGUACAAAUAAUCUGUAUUAAACACUUAAAAUGCAUUGUAACACUGCAUGUACACUUGAGACCUGCAGCUUCAC